AUGUCAACCACAAGUGCCACGUCCGCCACCAGUGCCACGUCAGCCACAAGUGCCACGUCAGCCACAAGUGCCACGUCAUUAUCAUCAACAGCCGCCCCACCGUUCGCACCACCCAGGCCAGACAUCGUCCAGCUCACCUCCCUCGUGCACGCAUAUCUACGAGAGGGAAACUUCCGGGAAGCAGCAGUGCGGGUGCGGCAGAUGAGAGAGCUUGGGCUGAUCCCGACUUACAAGACGUGGGCCACGGUGGUGGGCGGUGCUGCGCGUCUGCUCCCCACCUACAACACGUGGGCCACUGUGGCGGGCGGUGCAGCGCGGUGCAGUGAUCUAUCAGACUGUUGCAGUUUGUUGGAAGCAGUGUCUUACGUGGGGUUUGACGUUCCGGAGAGGCUACUCCUCCAAUGUGACGACGACACCUGGACGGACAUUGACAGUCUGCUGACGUGGCUGCUGGAGAGGGAUGCCAGCUGGAGCCGAGCAGAGGUCACAGAGGGAAGCAAGGUGGAGGGAAGUGCAGAAGGCAUGGUGACCGAGGGGAAUGCAGCAGGGAGUGUGGGAGAGAGGGGUGCAGACGGGAGUGUGGGAGAGAGGGGUGCAGACGGGAGUGUGGGAGAGAGGGGUGCAGACGGGAGUGUGGGGGAGGGGACUGCAAUGAAGAGUGGGGGGAAUGAGGGGAGUGCAGCGAGGAGCACAGUCAACGUGCUGAUAGACCUUCUCUGGUGCUUCGGCCAGCGAGCCAGGGCCCACCGCCUCUUCCUCCUCUCAACCCACCGCGGCGUUUAUCCGCGAUUCGCCGCUCGGGCUGCACCCGAUGACUGGAAGCUGGACGUGCGCACGCUCUCCCCCGGUGCUGCCCUUGUUGCUCUGCACCACUGGCUUGAUAUGGUCCAGGACGCAGCUCUCCAGGGCGUUCCAGCACCCCGCCACGUCAGCAUCGUGACAGGUGGCAUGCUCCAGCGCGCCAUCAACAGCGGCGGCGGCGGUGGCAUGCCAGGUGGCAGCGUUUCAUUGAAGCGCACCGUGCGCAGCUGGCUGUGGGCCAUGGGGGCUCCGUUUCGAGCUGACGAGGACAGGGAGGGUGUACUGACAGCAAGAGGCUAUUCUGUGGAGAGAUGGGUCAAGCUCGUCACCAUGCCGGCCACGGCGGGCCGCGUUCGCAUGCCAGCGAACAACAGGGUGCACAGUAGCGCAGCCCUGCAAACGCACGGCAUCUGGCAGAGCGCCAUCGGGUACGAUCCGUACGCUCCUGACGAGAAGAAAGCAGCCGACGGCGAGGAUAACGCUAGUGGGAGUGAGAGCGAGGAGAGUGGUGGGAGUGAGAGUGAGGAGAGUGGUGGGAGUGAGAGUGAGGAGAGUGGUGGGAGUGAGAGUGAGGAGAGUGGUGGGAGUGAGCGUGAGGAGAAUAGUGGGACUGAGUGA